AAAAGUGCAACAGCUGGGACGCAGGAGGGGAAGGGAAGUUGCUGUGAGAUGGAGUGGGGAUCGGCUCGGCUGCUUCCUUCCGUUCCGCUCCGUGAUUCAAGAAUCAACACGGAGAAGGAGACCCGCUGUUUUGUCCCCAUGUGUUGUCCACCCGAGGUACUGUCAUCGAAUAAAGUGGUGCUGCGUUGUAUGAGCGCACGUGGAAAUUCCAUACUGCCAGGAACCGUGCAACGCCGACAUCAGCCUCCGCCCGGAAAUAAUUGUGAUAUAAAUAAUAAAUGUAUCUCUCCCUAUUAUUAAUAAUUAAUAAUAAUCUCCCCUAAUAAUAAAGCGCCGAUCGCUUCUGUCGUACGUCGUCGGCAGUUUUGCACAAAACCCCCUCCAUUUCUAGAUAUUCAACCCGCAGUCCCUAUGUGGAUGUGGAAAAAAAAAACGUUUCCUCUCUCCCUCACUCGGUCUCCCUCUUCCCUGCUGCGAGGCUGCCGCCGUCGGUCACCUCGCGCCCGUCUCUGGCCAGAUCCGAGCUGGAGCCGCUCGGAUCUGUUGACCCCAACCCGGAUCCACCUCGCCCCGGCCUUCUCCGGCCUCGCCUCGCGAGGGUCUGUGCUGGGGAGUCGUGUGCGGUGAGGGAGAGGAGAGGGACGUCGCGCGCGAGUCCGCGUCGUGGGCAGCUCCUGCUCCUGAUGGCGCCGUCGCGGGCUCACGGUGCCCGCCGCCGCCGCCUGCGCUGCCGUGAGCCGGAUCUUCGACGGCAGCUGGUGCUGCGACGUGCUCACGGGAGGCGGCGGGGUCGGUGAUGGAGUAGGAGCCGACGCGGGCGGCAUGUCGGCGUCGUUGGGGUCGCGGAGGAGGGGGAGGCUGAGGGACGGCUCCUGCUCCGGCGGCUUCGGCCCGCGGCGGAGGAGGCGGCGGAGCGGCUUGGUCUCCGUCGAGGAAGAGGAGGAAGACGACGACGACGACGCCGACGCCUGCUGCUUCCGCAUCCGCAGCAGGUCCCUCCACCUCCUGGCCGGAGCCUUAGGCUCCUCCGCCGCCUGCUCCGCCUCCACCACCGCAUCCUUGGCCGCCUCCGCCCUCGGUGUCUCCUCCGACCUCGCCGUCUCGGGCUGCUGCGUUGUUGGCGCCGGGGCCAGCGGAGGCCGCGUGGCCGCCGCCGCGGCUUCCGAGGAAGACGGGAGGCGGAGCGGGACGAGCUUGCCCCCGGAGAAGAGCUCGUCGGCGGGGAGCAUGGUGGACACGGCUGAGCAACCGGCGAGGAGGCCCUUUCCUCUUUCCAUCCGCCCGAUUCGAUUUCGUCUUCGGACUAAAACAAAAAUCGUGCGUGCAGGCGGGAUACCGGCACAUCGACUGCGUGUCUGCGCCAGAGCCUACAACAACGAGAAGGAGGUCGGUUUGGCUCUGAAGAAACUAUUUGAUGAGGCUGUAGUCAAGCGUGAAGAUCUGUUUAUCACCUCUAAGCUAUGGUGUGGUCAUCAUGCCCCAGAAGAUGUGCCCGAGGCACUUGGGGAUUCCCUCAGUGACUUGCAGCUCGAGUACUUGGAUCUUUACCUUUGUCUCUCUCUAUUUGAGUGCAUGUGCAUCGUUGGUGAAGUAACCUGGGCAGUACUGUUUGAGACCAUUGGUGAGGGACUACUAUGGCGAGUUCGGCGUGAGCAACGAUGUCACCAGGGCGAGAUCAAGCACACGAAUUGAAUGGUAUGGCUUAGUACUAUUGGGCUUGGCAUUAUUUUUCUGGCAAAUUGGUGGGUUUCUCUGAGAUGAAUUAAGUGCGGCAAAUAUAUGGAUCUAAAUUAUUGUAACAUUUAGCUUCGUGUCUAAAAAUUAAAGUUCAAAACUGUCUUCCGGGAAUAGAUUUAGUUGGAAGAUGUUUCAUGCACCAAAUACACAAGAAUUAUGGUCAUAGAUGCGACGCGUCGGGCUCCCGCCGCAGCAAAGGAGGCGGAACUUGCAGCAGCAUCUACAACAACCCUCCCAACAAGCUGCAGUUAGGCCAUGUCGUUGACAAUGGCCCGACCACAACAACAACCAGGUAUGCCCUCCGCUCCUUGCCCUUCAGGCUGGAAUCAACAAGGCCAUGUAAGCUUCAGUGUUUCACAAUUAUGGUCUACUUCAUGUUCUCCGAUCAGGUUGUAAUAAAAUAGUUAAUUAUACAUAUAAAUAUCAAGUUCUUUAGGGAAUGUA